AUGUUUCUUUGUGUACAAGAAGAAGACUAUAAAGUGUAUCUCUGGAAUUACCUUAUAAAUGUUUUCUUCAAGAGCCUACCGACGACUUACGUGUAUGCAUUUUUUAGUGCAUACGUGCCGGAAACACAUUUUUUUGUUGCGAAGAUAUUUCCCAUCGCAUAUGGUUCAACUAUAGUCUUCAUAAUAACAGCACUUAUAGAUUUAAUUAUGGUAACCUUUAGUACAACAAAGUACUUGGAUUAUCUGGUCCUUGGAUUGCGUUAUCAAAGCCCAUGGAAUAGAUGUUCAGAGAGUCUGAAUAUAACAUAUAAAAAUACUACAUUAACGUGCUACGAAAUUCAAGAUUUUGCCAAGCAGUUUAUUAAUAAAUCAGUAAAAUUUGACGACAUAGUUUAUAUUUCAAAAGAUAGCGAACAUUUUCAACUACCGCAAUUGUUGUUUUACUUACAAGUCGAUGACCAGCCUUGUGUGCCUGACUGUAUUAAGAGUUCCGAUUUCGACUUAUUAUCAGAAUCGAUGACAACGCCACCUAUUGUUCAUAUUUUGUCAUCAAGAAGUAAUAUUGAUAAGAAGCCGAUACAAGACAGUGCUUUCAUAGUGAUGUCAAAUGCUGUAUAUUAUGCAUUUCGUGGGACUCUUAUGGAAGUAAUAAUAAUAUUCUACUUGUAUCCUGUGGGUCGUUUAGUAGAUGACAUGACAUUUUUCAACGGAGUUUGUCCUACGAAGUUAAGGAUUUUCACUUUUUGGGCGGCACCUGUUUUUUAUAUGUGUUGGAUUCAAAUGUUUAAACCACUACCAAAUUGGGGCCCGAAAGAUUAUACUCUAAGGCAAUUGAGAAAGAGAUACGAUUCGCGUUUUUAUAUAACAUCGCAAACGUCAAGAGAGCUAAGCCGAUACCUGAUAGAGAAAUCGGAACUAAACGAGUACAAGUUGGAUGUCCAAUAUGAUACUCUCUCACAACAAUCAAGUCAGAAAUCUGCAAUUAACUUAGAGCUUGAGAAAAAUAAAUAA